AUGGGAGGCACCAAGCCAGGAGAACUAUUUGACACUGAGGAGGAGCUGGGACAUGAGGACCAGCGGCGCCCAACCACGUUGGCCAUCGGGGGAUCGAACGCCGAUCCUGCAAGAAGCAAAACCAAUUCCAACUCCAAGCUGUCCACGAAGUUGGGACAGCACAGUACCAAACAUCCUGACUCUCCACGACACAAUACUACACAUCCUGACUCUCCACAACACAAUACUACACAUCCUGACUCUCCACGACACAGUACCACACAUCUUGACUCUCCACAACACAAUACCACACAUCCUGACUCUCCACGACAUAAUACUACACAUCCUGACUCUCCACGAUACAAUACCACACAUCCUGACUCUCCACAGCACAGUACCAAACAUCCUGACUCUCCACGAUACAAUACCACACAUCCUGACUCUCCACGACACAAUACCACACAUCCUGACUCUCCACGAUACAAUACCACACAUCCUGACUCUCCACGACACAAUACCACACAUCCUGACUCUCCACGACACAAUACUACACAUCCUGACUCUCCACGAUACAAUACCACACAUCCUGACUCUCCACGAUACAAUACCACACAUCCUGACUCUCCACGACACAAUACUACACAUCCUGACUCUCCACGAUACAAUACCACACAUCCUGACUCUCCACGACACAAUACCACACAUCCUGACUCUCCACGAUACUAUACCACACAUCCUGACUCUCCACGAUACAAUACCACACAUCCUGACUCUCCACGAUACAAUACCACACAUCCUGACUCUCCACGAUACAAUACCACACAUCCUGACUCUCCACGACAUAAUAUCACACAUCCUGACUCUCCACAACACAAUGCUACACAUCCUGAUUCUCCACGACACAAUACCACACAUCCUGACUCUCCACAACACAAUGCUACACAUCCUGACUCUCCACGACACAAUACUACACAUCCUGACUCUCCACGACACAAUACCACACAUCCUGACUCUCCACAACACAUUACCACACAUCCUGACUCUCCACGACACAAUACUACACAUCCUGGCUCUCCACAAUACAAUACUACACAUCCUGACUCUCCACAAUACAAUACUACACAUCCUGACUCUCCACAAUACAAUACUACACAUCCUGACUAUCCACAACACAAUACCACACAUCCUGACUCUCCACGACACAAUACCACACAUCCUGACUCUCCACGAGACAAUAAAACACAUCCUGACUCUCCACGACACAAUUCCACACAUCCUGACUCUCCACGACACAAUACUACACAUCCUGACUCUCCACAAUACAAUACUACACAUCCUGACUCUCCACAAUACAAUACUACACAUCCUGACUCUCCACGACACAAUACUACACAUCCUGACUCUCCACGAUCCAAUAUCACACAUCCCGACUCUCCACGAUCCAAUAUCACACAUCCCGACUCUCCACACCACAUCACAUCCUGA